CACCUUUUGUCUGCCGGCACCAGUAAUUGACACAGUAUUGUUGGGAGCUUUGAAAAGUUCUCAACAGCCAGCGCCCCCGUCCCGCCAAGCCCCUCGGCCCAAGGGCGCUAAGGAUCCCACCAAGCCAGUAUUCCAGACCUCGCAAAACUGAAGCGUAUCAAAUUCUUCCUUAACUCUCUUCGACAAACCCCUCGGCCAUCUCGUAUCCUUGUUACGUUAAUCCCUUGAAAACCAUCAACACUAUGUCUGAGCCCAUCAGGAAUAAGAAGGCGGAUUUCCCUGUGGCGCCGACUCCACAGAACACUCCGGCCAACAAUGCUCCUAUCUCUUCCCAUGCUCAGCAGCCUGGAAUCGCUAGCAUUAAAGAAGAGUCUCUUGACCAUGCUACGGCGGCUUCCCUGUUUGCACGCAACCCUGGGCUUGUGUCAAUGAUCCAGGGGAAAUUGGGAUCCCUUGUUGGCCGUUCUUCAGGCUACAUCGAAUCCUUACCCGUCUCAGUCCGCCGGCGUGUUGCUGGCUUGAAGGGUAUUCAAAAGGAGCACGCCAUAUUGGAAGCUCAGUUUCAAGAAGAAGUCCUGGAACUUGAGAAGAAGUACUUUGCGAAGUUCACUCCUUUGUACGCGAGACGUUCCACGAUAGUUAAUGGAGCUGCGGAGCCUACGGAUAAGGAAAUUUUGGCGGGACAGGGUGAUGAAGAGGACGAGGACUCUAAAGAUGAGCCCGAAGCCACCAAGGAUGAGGACCAAGAGUCAUCAGUCGCCGGUAUUCCCGAAUUUUGGCUUUCGGCUAUGAAGAACCAGAUUUCUCUCGCAGAGAUGAUUACUGAACGGGACGAAGAUGCCUUGAAGCAUCUUGUCGAUAUCCGCAUGGAAUAUCUCGAUCGCCCAGGCUUCCGCCUUAUCUUCGAAUUUUCGGAGAACGCCUUUUUCACGAACAAGCUCAUCUCGAAAACCUAUUACUACAAAGAAGAGAACGGCUAUGGUGGUGAUUUUAUCUACGACCAUGCUGAGGGCACCAAGAUCGAUUGGAAGGCUGAUCAGGAUCUCACUGUCCGCAUUGAGAGCAAAAAGCAGAGGAAUAAGAAUACGAAACAGACCCGGGUUGUCAAGAUUACCGUUCCCACGGAGUCAUUCUUCAAUUUCUUUUCUCCUCCGCAGCCCCCGACGGAUGAUGAUGAUACUGUUGCUACUGAUAUCGAGGAGCGACUUGAACUUGAUUACCAGCUUGGCGAAGAUAUCAAGGAGAAGCUCAUACCUAGAGCCAUUGACUGGUUCACGGGGGAGGCUCUUCAGUUUGAGGAGUUGGGCGAUGACAUGGAUGAAGAUGAAUUUGACGAUGAGGACGACGAAGAUGAGGAUGAGGAGGAUGAUGAUGAUGAGGAUAGGAGAUCCGACCGGGACGUUGACGAUGACUCUGAGGAAGAGGAUGGUACCUCGAAGCCGAAGAAGGAGGCAGCGGAAUGUAAACAAAGCUGAGCAUGUUCGUAGACAUGCAUGAAGGAAAUCAAGCUUGUAACAGAGCAUGCAUUACCCAGCUUUUUGACGCCUAGCCCUUUGUGGUGUCUCCCUGCUGUCAUUUUCCUGUUCCCCCUUUCCCCCUUUCUCCACAUUAUUUACAAUCUCCUCGCCCUUGGGUCCUUCUGACGUUUCCGUGCCUAACUAGUGAUCUGGCCCCAGAUUGUCGUUUUAAUGUCCCGGGAAGCGCUUCUAAGGUGCAAUCAAUCCAUUGGCGUUUCCUUGUGUAAGGCACUCUGCGCAUUUCUGCUCUUAUUAUUUGAACUAAAUUUCUAAUUACUUUCCGUCCUUAACUGCGUCCAAGCAAUGAUGUGAAUUAUGAACAUACUUCGGAUUUAGUUCGAUGAGUAUGCGCAGGCCAUCUGUCCGCUUGAUUCCGUGAUGGUUGCUAGAUUAAAAGAAACAACCCUUAUCUAUAGUAUCAUAGCCGUUAUUAUACAGUCUUAAGCAUCGGGGU